AUGGACGGGGUUGCAGGAGUAAUAAAGGGUGCCGAAACGGAAAAGGACAUGACGAUCUAUACUUAUAACGCACGUACGCUUGCAUCAGAAGCUGUCAUCAAAGAUCUGAUGCAAGCCAAAAAGAUCAAGUACGACGUCAUCGGACUGAGCGAGACGAGACGACGUCACCCUCUCAACGCCGUAUAUAAAACUGGAGACCACCUGUUUUUAGGAACAUGCGACAGUAGAGAUGCUGGUGGAGUUGGCGUCCUCGUCAACACGAGUAUGGUAAAGAACAUCGACUCUUUCGAACAACUUACGCCCCGAGUCGGACGUCUGCGUAUGAGAAGAUGUGGCCCAACACCAGCUUUGACUAUCUUCGUCGCUUACGCUCCAACAUCAAGCUACGAAGAAGAAGUCGAAGCUUUCUUUACGGACUUGGAGAAGCUUUACCGAAGAGAUCAUGCCUUCUACAAGGUCAUAAUUGGCGAUUUCAACGCCAAAGUUGGCCCAAUAAGAACGCCGGAGGAAUUUCACAUCGGUUCCCACGGCCUACAAUGGAACGACCAGGGGGAGAGGCUCUCCGACUUCAUCAUGACGACUAAGACCAUCCAUGGGAACUCGCAAUUUCAGAAGCCCUCCUCUCUACGCUGGACGUGGGAGUCACCCGGUGGAGGGUACCGUAAUGAAAUAGACCACAUCAUCGUCAAUAAAAGGUUCUGCCUCACGGACCUUGCUGUUGUACCAAAGUUCUAUACAGGAUCGGACCAUCGCCUCCAUCGGAGGAAGAUUUUCCUUCACAAGGAGAGCAGUGAAAGCCGCCAGUUCGAGAGAGAAAUCCCAGCACUGUCAUCAACUGGGACUCUUCUUACUCCGGCUUUUGGGAAGAUUCCGCAAUGGACAACAUCGACGAGGAAUAUGACCGGCUCGUUGAACACCUUCACGACUGCAAGAAGAAGGCUGAGAGUUUUAAAACCACCAAGAGACGCCUGUCUCUUGAAACUCUUGAGCUGA